CCGUAAAUGGCCUGCGAGCGCUCUGGAUUCGCAGCCUAUGAUUGCGGCCUCGAGACUGGUCACUCCGCACACAAUUGCAUGGCUGUCCGUGUUGAUCGCGAUGAGUGCUCAUAUAGGUAGUAGUAAAGUGAGUUCACAUCCUCCCACUCCCUCCUCCUCUCUCCCCGGACGCUCUCCUCCGUCGACUCACGCUCACACCGGAAAUUCAGACACCAAUAACACUCACUUUCCCCACAUUCAUAAUAAUAGAGUACAGUAUCAUACAAAACACCCGACACCGACUUUAAAGGGAAUGAGCAGAAAUAAUAUCGCCGGCCACUAACCAACUAAGCUAAGCCGAUCACUAUACAUGAUUCGCCCGUGAACGAACAUCAACAUGAUACCUACAUUGUAAGUAUAAA